CUAUUAUCAUCAGAAAGCUACUCGUCUUUUGUCAAGCACAACAGAAUGAUUCUCCCGUAAGGUUUGAGCCAUCGUUAAUUGCCAUACUGCGUUGUACACUCGUUUAAGUUCACCAUGCCUUUGUCUAAACGUGACUCAGCUUCUCUCCCGAAGCCUUUCUCUGUGAGGACCAGCGGUCAAUUUGAGGGCAACGACGGCAGCUGGUCCACGUUUCUACUAUCCGUUGGCAACCCAGCUCAAUCGUUUCGUGCGCUGGUUUCAACAUCGAGCUUUUCAACAUGGCUUCCUACGCCUGGAGGAUGUACGUAUGAGCAAGAUCCAUCCUUCGUUCCCACAAAUUGUUCGGAACUCCGAGGCGUCGGCCUUUCAAACGGCUUCCAGAGCAGCGGUUUCCAGGAGUCGGGAACAUAUAAAUACAUAGGAAUCAAUUCACUCGAGCUGGGCAACGAUUUGAGCAUGACCGGCGCUUUUGGAUCGGCGUACAACGCUACUGGAGACCUUGGGCUCGACUCGGUGACUGUACAGGACGCUGCGGGCUCUGCAAAAUUGUCUCCAGACGCCAACGUGCCCGUCUUUGGCAUGACGACGUGGAACUUUUUCCUUCCGAGCUUGGGGAUUGGCGAUGGGUAUCUGCAAUCUACAACGCAGGACACGCCCUCUUUUUUGGAGUCGCUCGCAAACCAAUCUCUGAUACCCAGCCGUUCGUGGAGCUAUACCGCUGGUGCUUCGUAUCGCAACUAUCUUGGCAGCCUCGUCCUUGGUGGUUACGACGAGGCAAGGAUCGAGGGCAAUACCACAACGUACUACGCUCUACCGGCCAGCAAGGAUACGAGGGAGCUGCAAUUGAGCCUCUCGUCCAUCGCCUUCUCCUUCAAAAACGGAACCGAAGCGUCCGUUCCCGUGUCCGAAACGGUCGUCAUUGACUCCACGCUGCCUUAUCUCUACCUGCCGUCCUCUGUCUGCGAUCAACUUGCCAGUCGGCUGUCACUUACGUAUGACGGGUCUACCGACCUGUUUACCGUUGGUGACGCAGCCCUUGCGAGCAAUCGAAACGCCAUCGACCAGGUCCGCAUCGCCGUGGCCGACACGCAAAACAGCGGCAACACCACGAGCAUAACGUUUCCGUACGACGCCUUCAAUCUCAACGCAACCUGGCCCACGUACGAUCAAAAUCAGUCUCAACCGUUUUUCCCGAUUCGGCGUGCCCCAGGCAAUACUUACAUACUCGGGCGAGCCUUCCUGCAGGAGGCUCAUGUCAGCGUUGACUUUGAACGCGCGUAUUUCAACCUCUCGCAAGCAUCGUUUCCAGCCUCCCAGGCGUCUUCCAACCUGGUUCCGAUCUACAAUGCGUCCGUGACCGAGUCUGGAUUCCCCUCAAGCUCUUCCAGCCAUCUCAGCCGAGGAGCGAUCGCAGGCAUCGUCGUCGGCGCCGUCUCCGGUGCCCUCCUUUUGCUGGCACUCGUGCUCUGGGUCUUGUUUUCUCGCAGGCGACGCGAGCAGGAGAAGCGGCACAGCCAGCACGAGCACAUCCUGAGCAGCCCCAAAAUGUCGGAGAUCAUACCGCCUCUGUCUCCGGCAGCGGCGUCGUCGUACGACCGCGAUCACAUCUCUCCAAUCGACGGUCAGUUCUUGCACAUCACGAGAGUCAACGAGCUAGGUGUCGAGUCUGCUCACGAGUCCCGAAUGGGCGUCAAUGUCCUGCCCGGCAUUCACGAGAUGGAGGUUCCGCCAAAACCAGUCUACCAAGCAGACGACACGCCGGUCAGUGGAAGCAUCUACCACUCCUCACUUUCAAACUUUCAGUCGUCUCCUUCAAACAGGGGUUCAACGGCAAGGUCAGAAUUAGAAGGAUGAUAAAUUUUUGUAAUUUAGCACGCCCGAUCAGUUUCGGCAUGAGAGCGUUUACUACCGCGGACUAAUCCUAGCUGAAUACAGCGUUAAUCAACGAAA